AUGUCUUCGUCAUCAGCAUCCAGUGAACUUAUUGGUCAUUGUCUUUGUGGUGAAAUAAAAGUUAAAAUUGAACGUGAAUCUUUAAAUGAUAUAUCAAAUGGUGCAUACUUAUGUCAUUGUGAAAAUUGUAAACGUGCUGGAGGUGGAUUAUGUUCAUAUGGUCUUAGAUUACCUGAAGAUAAAGUUGUUGUAUUAGAUUCAAAAUCAUUAAUAAAAAAAUAUGAUGAUAAAAACACAAAAUCAAAGAAUUUAUUAGAACGUUAUUUCUGCAGUCAAUGUGGAAGUCCUAUUUAUGGAAAAAGGUCAAACUCACCGAACAUACUAACUAUUAAAUUAAGUUUAUUUAGUGAUAAAAUUGAUCAAUUGCCAUGUCCAAUAAAACAAAUAUUUUGUAAGGAAAUGAUGAAAUGGGAAAAAAAGAUUGAUGGUGCUAAACAUUAUGAUGAAAGUGCAGAAUAA